AAAGUGAGGGACAUGUAGGAACACCCACUAUCUGCAAAAGUCUUUAAGUUUCGUCCCGUAAACACCCGUCAACUCUCCUCUAUAUGGUAGUCCAUUAGUCUUCUGGACGUGUUGUUCUCGGGUUCCAACCGGGAAGAAUAUAACUCUACCAAUCCGGAUAAGAGGAUCGUGUCCAUGCCCUUGGAUCUCACCAGAGAGGUUUCUGUGUGUCGUUCCCGCCUUCGUUUGGGGGACAGUUGGGACAGCUGUGUGCUCGGUGUCGUCGAGGAGAAUCGGACCCAGUCUCCCCUGCCUCUACGUGCCCUGACUUCAGAUUGGGACUGACUCAUAUCGGUGGGCUUUCGGUCCCAAGACCGGUUCUUCUGCCUGGUCCCACCCCGGAUCAUCCCCUCGUUAUUCUGAUCUGAUUGUUUUGCAAUCGCCUCGGCUCGAGUGCAGGAACUGUCCAUUACUGAUCGACUCUUUGAAUCUGCGUUUCGGGACCUGAAAGCCUCGCCAUGGCUUCACUGUAUGAGAGGUUUGCGGGGAAAAUCGACACCAACAAGUCGUUCCCGGAGCACAGCCCACCGGAGGCGAGUCUUCUCCUGGGACAGGGGGUCGAGGAGGAGGCAACGACCCCCGACCCGGGUCCGGGACCAGACCUGCUGCGACACCGUUUCCAACCACACUGCGAGGACGAGGAUGAGCUGGUUGGCAGUAACCCCCCCCAGAGGAACUGGAAGGGGAUCGCCAUCGCCCUGCUUGUCAUUCUGGUCAUCUGCUCUCUCAUCGUCACCUCCGUCAUUCUGCUGACACCAGGGGAGGACGACAGCCUUGCUCUCAAGGCCAAGCUGACGGUGGCAGACAUCUUUAAGAAGGACUUCAAGGUGUACGAGCCCAAUGCCAAGUGGAUCAGCAGCAAUGAACUCCUGUAUCGAACCCGAGAGGGUGACGUUGUCAAGUUCAACGUGGACACCCAAGAGAGGGUCGUCCUGGUCCACAACAAGAAGUUUGAGAUGUACAAGGCGAGCCGCUAUGAGGUGUCCCCCGACAUGAAGCACGUGCUGCUGGCCUACAACGUAGCCCCGGUCUACCAGUAUUCCUACACAGCCUUCUACAUCAUUUGCAGCCUGGAGACUCCGGAGACCUGGAACCUCAACCCUCCAGAAGUGAGGAACGCCCAACUGCAGUACGCCGGCUGGGGACCCCACGGCCAGCAGCUGAUCUUCAUCUUUGAGAACAACAUCUACUACCGCUCCACGGUGGAGAGUCGCUCCAUCCGCCUGGUCUCCACUGGCAAGGAGGGCGUCAUCUUCAACGGCCUCAGCGAUUGGCUGUAUGAAGAGGAGAUCUUCCAGUCCCACAUCGCCCACUGGUGGUCACCCGAUGGCGCCAGACUGGCUUACGCCACCAUUAACGACACGCUGGUGCCCAAGAUGGAGUUACCCAUGUUCACCGGGAUCCCGUAUCCCACAGGGAAGGAGUAUCACUACCCCAAGGCGGGGGAAGAGAACCCAGUCAUAACCCUGUACGUGGUGAACCUCCACGGGCCUCUUCACACCAUUGAAAUGAGGAGACCAGAAGACCCUAGAAUGGGGGAGUUCUACGUCACCAUGGUGAAGUGGGCCACCACCACCAAACUGGCCAUCAACUGGCUGAACCGGGCACAGAACAUCUCCGUCCUCACGCUGUGCGAGGCCACCACCGGCGUCUGCACCAAGAAACACGAGGACGAGAGUGAGGGCUGGCUCCAUAGACAGAACGAGAAGCCCCUGUUCUCCAAGGACGGGCUGAAGCUGUUCUUCACCAGGGCCAUCCCUCAGGGAGGGAGAGGGAAGUUCUUCCACGUCUCCAUGUCCAUAACCCAGGCCAACACCAGCACUGACACCUUGCAGUCCAUCACCUCAGGGGACUGGGACGUGACGCAAGUCCUGGCGUAUGAUGAGGACAACCAGCUGAUAUACUUUCUCAGCACAGAGGACGACCCCAAACGAAGACACCUGUACAGCGCAGACACCGUUGGAACCUUUAACCGUCGCUGUCUGUCAUGUGACUUCCUGGAUGGGUGUGGCUACGUGACGGGCUCCUUCAGCCUCAACAUGAGCUACUUCCUGCUCAAUUGCCAAGGUCCCGGCAUCCCGUUCGUGGCGGUCUACGACACACAGGACCGGCAGAAGGUGUACGACCUGGAGACCAACGAGAACCUCCAGCAGACCCUGGACUCCAUGCAGAUGCCCCGGGUGGAGUACAAGGAGAUCAGCAUAGAGGACUACACACUGACUAUGCAGAUCAUUAAACCUGCCGGCUUCAUGGAAACAUCUCAUUACCCCCUGCUGCUAAUGGUCGACGGCACCCCCGGUGGCCAGAUGGUGUCGGAGCGCUUCGACAUGGACUGGCCCACCGUGCUGGUGAGCAGCUUCGGCGCCAUCGUGGUGCGCUUCGACGGGCGGGGCAGCGGCUUCCAGGGGACCAACCUGCUGCACCGGGUCCAGAAGAAGCUGGGCCUGUUCGAGGAGCGGGACCAGCUGGAGGCGCUCAGAAUCAUCUCAAAAGAGCCUUUUGUUGACAAGUCGAGAAUCGGUGCAUUUGGAAAGGUGUAUGGGGGCUACGUGACCAGCCUGUUGCUCAGUGCUGAAGAGUCUCCUGUCAAAUGUGGAGCCGUUCUCUCUCCUAUCACUGACUUUGAAUUAUACGCCUCUGCGUUCUCCGAGCGGUACCUCGGUCUGCCCAAGCCGGACCCCAGGGCGUACACGAACACAAAUCUGGGUCAUCGAGCUUCGCAGUUCAGCGACAAACGGUUUCUCAUCGUCCACCCGACCGCCGACGAAAAAGUCCAUUUUCAGCAUACAGCCAAAUUCAUCGCCCAGCUUAUCAGUGAAAGGGCAAACUAUACGUUACAGAUUUACCCGGACGAGGGCCACUUCCUGCCCGGGGACGCCACGCGGCUGCACCUCAGCCAAUCCCUGGUCAACUUCUUCGAGGAGUGCUUCAGGCUACCGGACAAGCUGUUCGAGGAGACCUUGGAGGAGGAGGAGGAGAGCGAAGACGAGGGUUAGUUAGCCCUGCACCGCACUCCUCCUCUUUGGACCUCCCGUCGACACCACCACGCACGACCCGCAGACCAA